AUGAAACGAAGAAUUCUAGAUGCUGCACCUCCUUCCCCUCGUCAUAGGAUGACGAAACGCUCUCGUAACGCGUUCACCGCCAAGGAGAAACUGCACUGGCUGGCCAUGUUGGAGUCACAGCCUGACCUCAGCAUCCGUGGCUUGGCAAAGCUCGCCAAGGUGCAGCCCAAGCAAAUCCGCGAGUGGAGGCGACUCAAGGAGCGUCUCGAGGAUGUGCUGGACGAGGGGGAGGACGGGGUGAACCCCAACCCGUUCUACGAAGACCCCUCGCACGCCCCUGAGCCCGCCGCCACCAAGGACGACGAGGCAGAGGACGAAGAGGAAGGGCUUGCAGGGGAGGAGGCUGUGGUGGGUGCUGCUGCCGAGGAAGGGGAUGUGAUGGCUCCGGAUGAGGAGGGGGAUGAGGCAGAUGCAGAGAUGGGAGGUGCGGACGAGUGGAGUGAGGAUGGAGACGACUGGUGGGCAGCAGGCCGCUAUGAGGGAGAGGAAGUGGAGGAGUGGGUUGCAGGCGAGGAUGAGUGA